CUGCAGACAGAAACAUCAGACUCAGGACAGAAACACAACCUCUAAAAAAUGGACCAAACUCUGUAUUUCAUUCUUCUUCUCAUUGCUCUCUGCUCCGUAUCUGAAUGUGUUCAGCGUCAGUAUCACUUUAUAAAUGAGAACAAGACCUGGACUGAAGCUCAGAGAUACUGCAGAGAGUAUUACACAGAUCUGGCCCCCGCUGACAACAUGAACGACACGAACGAGCUGAAGAAGAGUGUGAAUGAUGGAAGUGUUCAGAAUAUCUGGAUUGGGCUUCAGAAGACGGGUCGUGAUGAAUGGCACUGGUCUUCAGCAAACACAGAACUUGUCUUAGUCAAUCAGGCGAUGAACUGGAGAGACGCUCAGAGUUACUGCAGACAGAAUCACAUUGAUCUGGUCAGUGUGAGGAACCAGAACGAGAAUCAACAGAUUCAGCAGUUCAUUACUGAUAAUCAUUUACCAGGAUCAUGGAUCUGGAUCGGUCUGUUCAGAGACUCAUGGCAGUGGUCAGAUCAGAGUAACUCUUCAUUCAGAGACUGGGACACUCGUGAACCUAAUAAUGAUGGAGGAAAUGAAAACUGUGCAGCUCUUAAUGCUCAGAGAAAAUGGUUUGACGUUUCUUGCACCAAUCAAUAUCCUUUUGUGUGUUAUGAAGAUCCUGAACUGAUUGUGAUCAGAGAGAAUGUGACGUGGUCUGAAGCUCUGAGAUACUGCAGACAGAAUCAUGUGGAUCUGGUCUCGGUUCAUUCAGAAGAGAUGCAGCGUCGUGUGAUGAACGUGGUUAAACGUGCGUCUACUGCAGAGGUGUGGUUGGGUUUACGCCACUCCUGCACUGUGGGCAUCUGGUUCUGGGUGAGUGGAGAUACCGUGUGCUAUCAGAACUGGGCUCCAGGGAACGGCACAUCAGAGGAGGACUGUGAACACACAGUGAGAUCUGGAGCAGUUCAGUCUGGAGGAGAUCAGCGCUGGAUCAGCCUUCCUGAGACUCACAAACUCAACUUCAUCUGCAGCAGAUAUUCAGAGUGA